CCAACAUCCAGAAUCUCACAGGCCGCGGCUGUGCACACCACCACAUCACACCGCUUCGUUCUAAACAUCACGAUGGUUUGUUUCUCGUGUGUUCGUGUUUAAUGCCAUCUUUCUGUGUGCGCACAAUGUCUUUCUGCUUUGUUUUAGUCAUUGUUUCGUUCUGUCCGCGCAGUAUGCUGUACUUUCACAUCCAUACGUGAACAUGCCCCAUUGCUUAUUCACAAUCUACAGUGUCACAAAGGUAUAGUUCAGGUGCAAUUCUCUCGAGAAUCCAACCCAAGUUCCCCUGCGCACCAAGCACUUCGCGACCUGUUGCUUUUCGUCGAUAUGCCGCCACACAACUUGUCUCGCUACAUGGCCCAUUGUCUUAAUGCAGAAAUUCACACAGGUAUGGCUUCUCUGAUCCAGGCUGCGACGCUACACAGAUUUACGCAUACAGGCUCGAGCAACUUGGCUUUACCCAUAGUGGUGCCCAUCGUUGUCGGAGUCGUACUGAUAGUGGCGAAUCUCCCGAUGCCCAAGAGCUUCUUCUUAAAUUUUGCCACUAAGGUGGGUAUAUGUCGCGGCAAAGACGAAGCCAGCGCGCGACCUUGGUUUGGUCGAAAGUCGCCAGAUACAGAGUCAUCCACAACUGAGAAGCCGCAGCCAACGUUCGUCGAGCGUCAUCUGGAGAUGCUGCGCGCCUGGCAGAAGCCAGCGCAACCCCCGCUACCGCUUUACUUAGCGAAGCCAGAUUCUGCUUACCAGCCUCGCCGACCUACUGGCAUGAAAUUCAAAGAAUGGCAAGAAUGUCAGCGUAAUGCUGUUGUGCGGCCCAACCCCAUGCACGAAUUCAAGUUGACCGGAGUAUGCGUCAAAGGUCCAGCACACUGGAAGAAGAUAGCAAAAGAGAUGGAAGCGCGCAAGUCAUGGUGGAGAAGGCGAAAGACAAGUCACGGGUGUAGGCAUCCUGAGAUUCGCUAACCAGAUAGCUCUCUGUCUUCGCAGCCAUGGCUGACAUUACGUGUGUAGGGAGAUUGUUUCAAUGUUACACGUCAUUGUAAGUGCGAGUGCUAGAGGGUAUUGACAAGCGCCUUAUAAGCCAGGCAAACCCGCAAUCACAAUCCUCUGAAUAAGCUCGUC